CUUGCGAAGUGUCCCUGGAGUGAUGUGAAUGGGAGAGGCCAGGAUGUGCCUUUUGAGUCUUGCCAGGGCUCCUGGAGAAUCCUCCUCAUUGUCCCCUGACUGAUGUAGCCCCAUGUCCCAUGACUGACGGGUGCUCCCUCUUCUUGCAGGCUCUGCACAACCACUAUUCGCGGAGCCUGGACACCAUCCUCAGGAGCCAGCUAACAGAGACCCCCACCGUGGAGAAGCUGCAGCACCUCCUGGAGCACAUCCAUCGCUCUCUCCUGGCAAACAACCCCCAGGAGAGAGCCAGGGCCGUCCAGACCAGCGCGGCCCUGCUCCAGAUCGCCACCUCCCUGCCUGGAUUUGACACCUCCUCCGCCUUCUCCAAGGCAGGAGAAUUCGUGCUGCAGCUGGGUCUCUGGAUAUCCCACCCAGCCAGUAACAUCAGUCGGCAUGCCAGGGGUGGGAUCUACUGGCUUUACUGGCUCCUGCUCCGGAAGAGGGGGCUCAACAUCAGCGAGGCCCCAGACUUGUGGUGCCGGGACGGGCUCCAUGACCCCGAGCGCCUGGGGUAUAGAAAUCUGGCCAGGGUGGGAGAGGCCUUUGGCGAGCUGUUCACAGAAGAGCAGGAAAGGUCUUUCCUCCAGGCGGGCCUGCUGGCCAUUCACCACCCCCUACUCUGCGUCAGCCAGGCUGGCCUGCUGCUGACGUACUCCAUCCUGGGGGAAGCUGGCCAGCUGCUAGAGGACGAGCCACCUCUGUGA